UAUCCCCCGUUCAUUGCAGUUGUACGAGAAAAUCUAAUUGUGUUCAAACUCUAUUGGUGAAGGUAUUAUCCUAAUGAUCUGUAAUCUGUUUCCUUAUAGAGGCCCUAUCUCUCUCUUUUACAAAUGUAUCCUUCCUGCAUUUGAAUGCAAUAUUGUUAAAUUAAAAAAAAAAAGAGAGAGGAGAAGGAGGCGUUUAAGGGGGAAAGAAACACGCUAUCAUUUUUAAACCUUGACAAUCCUAGACAUGCUCCUGCAACCCUCAUCGGAGAAAGGAAUACAAACUUUUGAAAUUCCCUCAGACUUUAAUUUAACAUUUCUCUUUUUAUUUAUUUCUCUACACUUGAAAUGCUGCAAAUCUCUGACCAAACUGAUACCUUAACGCCACCUUCACUUGUAGCUCACUGGUUUCAUGCGAUUGACAGUCCUAUUGUAGAUCCUAUAGCACUCAGAAAAGCAAAGAGACUCGGUGUAACUGAGCAAACUAGAUCACCGCCCAAAAAUUGGGUGCCAUUCUCAAAGCGCGACAAUGCAGCUCUCGAAAAAGCGUGUAGAUCGGAUAUCCAAACUGUUCCUGUAAAUGAAGACCAUUUAUUCGAGGUCAAUAUCACCAAACGAGAAAUUAAUCCCGUUUAUUGGGAAGGUCCUAUAUUUGAAGUACGUCGAGCUACUUGGUUCGUUCAAAUAGAUGGAACAUGGAUCCCGUGCGAAGAAAAAAUGGCAAAACAAAUCGAAGAAGGAUAUCUGAAGCAUAAACCUUACAAACGACUGAUAAUACAACCAACUGAAGAAGAAACAGAAGAUAGUGCAAAACGUACGGACGCCCUGGAUGAUACUGCCCCCAGAAAGGACAGUAUUGAAGAGUACAUUGAAGAAAAAGAAUAUCUGUUGGGCCCUUAUUUGGGACAAUAUGUUGUUUAUAAAGAUUCAGCACAUGCUUGGCUACUGUAUGACACGACUGGAGCCAAGAUUGCUAAAAAUUUACUUACAAAAUUGACAAACAACCAAAUCCUUGGUGGUAGACAACUGAUUCGUGGUUAUCGAGAAGUUAUGGUGGAGACUAAAAAACAGAAUGAAGAAAAAGAGGAAGCAGACAAGAAGGAGCAGACAAUAAAGAGUGAAAAUGAACCAAAAGAAGACAACUUACAUACCCUACCUCCAAAUGACCACAAGAAAAGAGAAGAGUUUGAUAAGGAAAAUAUGAUAAAACAGGAAGCGGAAGAUUACGAGAAUGAAGAAAGUGAAGGAGACCUCAGGGCCAUUGAUCAUCUAGUCUUUGUUAUCCAUGGAAUUGGGCAAAAAAUGUCUGAACGCUUAGGGCAGAAUUUCGUACAUGAUGUGAACUUGCUGAGAAAGACAAUGAAAUCCACUUGGCCGAUUGCAUUAUCUGGAACUAAGCCAUUAAAGCGCUCAAAUGGCAUUCAAGUACUUCCUAUCUUGUGGCGAAAUAGCAUUAGGCUGGGAGCAGAAGCAGAACUCGGCAUUGAACGAGAAUCCGAUAUGGGGUUAUCACCCGAAGGAUUUGAUGAUGGAUGCCCAACCAUAGACGAAAUCACGCUAGAUGGCGUGCCAAAUAUAAGAACACUUGUCUCUGACGUAUUCUUAGAUAUACCUCUCUAUUUUACCAACAAGUACCACGAUCAAAUGAUCCACUCUGUGACUAAAGAAAUAAAUCGCGUAUACAAGUUGUUUAUUGAAAGAAAUCCAAGCUUUUUAAAGAAUAAAGGGCAAGUCUCUAUCCUUGGUCAUUCGCUCGGAUCAUUAUUAGCCUUUGAUAUACUCUCUGUUCAGCCAUUUCCAGCAAAUCAAAAACCUGAUACAGAUACCGUAGCCAUAUUAACCGAAAAGAAACCUGCGAUUACUCUUAAUUUCUCUGUAAAGAAUUUCUUCGCUGUUGGUUCACCUUUAGGUAUGAUUAUGGUUUUGCGAGGUCAUAAAAUGGUUUCUCGAAAGGCGCUUGCCACCAAUACUGUUCCCCAUCAUCCCAUUUCUCCUUCAAAUGGUGCAUCUGCUACUGUGUCAUUUGCAUACCCUGCUGUUGACCAUGUAUACAACAUUUUCCAUAGAUCUGAUCCAGUUGCCUAUCGUUUGGAACCAUUGGUCGCAAGACAGUAUGGAGCAAAAUUAAAACCAGCUUCAAUUCCAUAUAUUAAGGGUGGAUUGAAGAGUAUGCUUGACGCUGGUUUUGUUGUUGGAAACGAUUUAGCUACUAAGGCUGGAGCUAUGCUUGAAUCUUUUAAAUCAGGCAUUACAAGCAGCUUGUUUAUGCGAGGAUUAGGCUUUAAUAAGCAAGAAAAAGAUGUCACAGAGCUUAAGCAGCGCUCUCAAAGUGAUCCAGAAAUAAAAGCUUCUAGAGCAAUUACAACAUGCGAAGCAAAGCUGAAAAUGCUGAAUCCUACAGGAAGAAUUGACUUUUGCUUGCAGGAAGGGCUAUUGGAGAACGCGUAUAUCAGUGCCUUAAGCGUACAUAUGUCCUACUGGCAGGAUAUUGACGUCGCUGGAUUUCUUAUUCGAGAAAUAUACAAAGAACAACGACAGAUGAACCUUGUUCAUAGUAAGACAGCAUAUGUCUAAGUUGUUUAUUACUAUUAUUCAAGUGGACUGGGAUUCGUUGGAUCAUAUUGUCUAGGUAAAUUAAGUCCUACACGUUUGGCUGAAAGCUCAAUCUUUUUCUUUUGUUCCAAUACAAUUGCUGAAUAUAGCUCCCUUAAUUCCUAAAACUAUUAUUUAGCUAUAGUCUUGUAUG